AACAGAGGAAAAAAGCCAUUGAACGACGAAUGAUUUGAUCUUCUUCUUCUUCUUCUUCUUCUUCCUCUUCGUCAGCCCUCUAAUGGCGGAAAAGCCCGAAACGGCUUCUUCGUCAAGCCCUCUAAUGGCGGAAAAGCCCGAAACGGCGUCGUCCAGCUUCCAGCCUUCUUCAUCCCAGAAAUCUCCCGAGGUUUCUCUCAAGCAACCGCAGGUUGCACAAUUUGCUGGGUUCCCAUCUUUCCCGAAUGGCGAUUUUCAGAUGUUUCCAAUCAUCUACCCAGCACUUGUAGCUCCGUCUCACAAUCAGGAAAAUAUGAACCGUGGAGCUGGCGUUUAUGCGGUUCCUACUUACCCGUUUAUGGGGCCUGUUGCUGGAAUUCCAUCAAACACUCUUAUUCCUCUUACUUACAACAUACCUACUAGAUCAAGUACAGAGGUUACGGCUGUAGGUGAAGAGCGUGGGCAAGAGGGCCAACAACAGCAACGCCAGCAUCAACAGCCUGCACCACAAAGACAUCUUGUUCAAAGGAGGUUUCAAAUUGCUUUUCAGCUGGAUUUGUUGCUUAUUUUGAAGCUGGCAGCAGUUAUAUUUUUGUUCAACCAAGAUGGAUCAAGACACAGGCUUAUUGUCCUUGUGUUAUUUGCUUUGCUUGUCUAUCUAUAUCAAACUGGAGCUCUCACGCCAAUGAUACGGUGGCUUUCACAAGGCAUGCAUAGGGCAGCCGUGCCUCCCCAUCCACUGAGACCUGCAGUCAGGGCUGAGAAUGUUCCUCCUCCUGCAAGGCAGGGAAUCGAAAAUGCUGCUUUGGCAGAAGGGCAACCAGGAGCUGAGAUGGAAAACCGGCCCGCAGAUAAUGGAGAUCAGCCAGUGGAAAAUGAGCAUUUAGCAGAACCUAAUGGAGGCAAUGGUGGUAACCAGUGGUGGGCGUUUGUAAAGGAGAUUCAGAUGAUUGUUUUCGGUUUCAUUACUUCCCUUCUCCCUGGUUUCCAUAACAUGGAUUAGAUCAUGACCUACUGAAGAGCGGGGAAAUUUCGUUUUCUUUUAUAAUCUUUUUGAAAUAAAUGUGACACUAUGAUAUAUUUGUUCAUAGGUAUAGCUUGACGUAUGAUCGUAUGAUGGCUUUUUGUUUAUGAAAUGGGGCGUACAUUUCCUGUGUGCCCUUUUUAAUGUCUGUUAGUUUCUCUAUAGAAUUUGGCGAUCUGCCGAGUGUUCUUGUUUCAAUUUCAUAUUUGUUAUUGUGAAAAUCGAUGGGUUAAUCCGAUUUUUUGUA